CUCUCUCCUCUUUUUUUAAUGUCUUGUCUUUUGAGGGUCUUGGGUUCUUGGGUUCUUUGGUCGAGGCCUGCGCUGCGCAGCCACACAUCCAAUCUUUCCCUUCUCCAACCUCUUUUCGUUCUUUUCUCUAUGCCGUCUAAUCCGUAAUUGAAACAUUUCACUGCUUUCAUGUUUCCUUUGCCGUCAUUUCCCCAUCAUCAAGCAGGCACUUUAGUUUUGACCCUAUCUCCAGAUUAUUGGACGGGAUCAUUUUAGCGUUUAAGGCUCCGGUGUUCCCAUGCCUUAUUCAUGAGGAUUGGCAAACGGAAAACAGGUUCAGCCCGGCAGCACCUAAUUCUCCAAUUCCUCCAGGUCCUUGGAAUUGCAAGCUUAGAAAUCUAAGACCAAGCCUCUUCUAACGUUGCUACAAAGCAGCGAUAGUUGGCUUCUAGAUUUUACUCGACCCGGCCCCCUACGGCUUCUGCUUCUCGUUUCACUUUACUUCUGUUCCCCUUCUUUCUUGGAAAGCUUGGCCCUAGUUUGAAGCUAUUAAAUGCUCUCCGGCGGACGGUCAGAAGACGAUAGUUCUUAAUUUUUUAAUUUCCCACUUCCUAAAAUUCGAGGCGCCCGUGGCGAUACAAUCCGGAUCGCGCCGUCGCAUGGGGUCUUGAGAACAAGUUAUUGUCCUCGAAGCAGGGCUUCACCCCAUUCGAAUAUGCGCGGCAUCUUCAAGGCCGCGGCCAUUGUCUUAUCACUUAUAUCGCAAUCCUCGCAUGCGCAUUCGGUUAAAAGAAAUGCGUUGAAUUAUAUUAGUCGCCUCGAUAAUCCCGUGAUCCAUACCGCCUCUAAUCGAGUACACGCCUAUUCCUCAUUUGACCUCACAUUCCUACUUCAUAACGAACAAGACAAGGUUCGAAUAACGUUAGAACCUAACCAUGAUGUGCUUUUCGACUCCGCUACUGUGCGGUAUAUCGGCGCUGACGGCUCCGUACGCGAGGAGAACAUAGAUAGGAUGGAUCAUAGGGUAUUCAAGGGUCACGCAUUCGUACAGCAUCCAGAGCACUUGGAAUGGAUUAAUUCAGGUUGGGCAAGAGUCACAGUUUACCGAGAUGGACCGACGCCGUUGUUCGAGGGCACAUUUCGCGUCAAUGGGAACCAACAUCACAUUCAGACCAGUUCUAAUUAUAGGCAAACGCAACACGAAGAUGACCCCACCGCGGACGUGGCAGAUGAUGAAUAUAUGGUGGUUUGGAGAGAUUCAGACAUCAAACCGAAUUCGUACGAUGUCUCGGAACUGAAGCGCGGGCUGGGUGAAAACUCAUGUUCUUAUGAUACGCUGGACUUCAACAACGAAGAUCAGCAUCCGGUUCAUCGCGGCUUGGAUCUUCGUGAUAUGUCGGCUGUGGACUCAACUAAGCUCUUUGGGCGCCAGAUCGACGGAACAACCGGCAAUAAUGGUGCUGGUGUCAACCUAGCCCAAAGCAUUGGGUCCACUGAGGGCUGUCCUACCACUCGCAAGGUAGCUCUGGUAGGUAUCGCAACGGAUUGCACGUAUACGGCCCAGUUUAACGACAACAGCGAUGUACGUUCCAACAUCAUCCAACAGGUCAAUUCAGCAUCAGCAGUCUACGAGAGCUCGUUUAAUAUCUCCUUGGGUAUCCAAAACCUGACUAUCAGCGACAAGAAUUGUCCGGGGACACCGACACAAAAUGAACCGUGGAACGUCCCGUGUAGCAACAGUGUCACAAUCACAGAUCGUCUUAACCUAUUUUCGGCGUGGAGAAAUCAGCAUAACGAUACCAACGCAUACUGGACACUCUUAAGCACAUGCAAUACCGAUGCCGCUGUAGGAUUAGCAUGGUUGGGUCAACUUUGCUCUCAGUCGACAAGCACCUCGAGUGGAGGGAAUGAGACGAUUGGGGGAGCUAACGUCGUCGUUCGAACCUCAACUGAAUGGCAAGUGUUUGCUCACGAAUCGGGUCACACCUUCGGUGCCGUCCACGAUUGUACGUCCGAUACUUGCGCGGACGGUACAUCAUCGAUGCAGAAAUGUUGCCCACUGAGCACUUCUUCGUGUAAUGCUAACGGCGGCUUCAUCAUGAAUCCUUCUACGGCACAAGGCAUCACUCAAUUCUCGCCUUGCACUAUUGGCAACAUCUGCUCGGCGAUGGGACGAAAUAGUGUUAGGUCGACCUGCUUGAGUAACAACCAAAACGUCGUGACAAUAACGGGAAGUCAAUGUGGAAAUGGCAUCGUAGAGGCUGGCGAGCAGUGCGAUUGUGGUGGUACGAGCGGGUGCGGCAACAAUACCUGUUGUGAUGCAACAACAUGCAAGUUCAAGGACAACGCCGUAUGUGAUCCGUCUAACGAGGAUUGCUGUUCGGACCAAUGCCAGUUUAAGUCGUCAGGGUCGGUUUGUCGAGACAGCACUGGGUCAUGUGAUCCUUCAGAGACUUGCAGUGGCACAUCCGGAGCGUGCCCUGCUGAUGUCAAGGCGCCGGAUGGCCAGUCUUGUGGCUCUAGUGGUGCUGGCUUAACAUGUGCUUCUGGACAGUGUACUUCUCGCGAUCAACAAUGCUCGGCGCUCGUAGGAUCAGUGACGAACAAUAGCGAUACGAAAGCCUGCGACUCGCAGACCUGUCAAGUUCGCUGCUCCUCAUCUCAACUUGGACCGAACGCUUGCUAUGAUAUGCAGCAGAACUUUCUGGACGGCACUCCUUGUGAAGGUGGUGGACACUGCUCUAAUGGGAACUGCGAGGGAUCUAGUUUCGUCGACCAGGUCGGAUCCUUUUUCUCUGAUAAUAAGAAUAUCAUCAUUCCCGUAGCUGCAUCUGUCGGCGGCCUUCUUCUCAUCGGUCUUAGCUGUUGUAUGAUAACAUCAUGCCGGCGUAGGGCGCGGAGAAGAAAGAUAGCGAAGACAGUCCAACCUAGCGGUAGUUGGGUAGGCGGAAACGGCGCCCCAUUUGCAGCGAAUUCCGUCUUGCGCCCACCACCGGCGGCCCGAUCAGUUGGAAGCCGGAGGACAAGGCAACAGCCCUGGCAGGACGGACCUCAGUGGGGCCAGAGAGCACCUUCAAUGAGAUAUGCUUAAUAAAACUCGCUGUUAGAAGAAGAACCUGGGCUGGUAACUGGGGGAUCUGGGAAACUCGAGUCACAGGAUAAAAGACUCAUUUUGCAAUGACCUUAUAGAGGAAUAUCAUGGAGGUUCAUCAUAUCAUGGCGUUUUGGGCGUUCAAAGCCAAGCAUGCAUAUUUGGAACCCGGGAUAACGAGCUUUGGAUUAUUCGGACUUCUUUUUAUAAUAACACGGGGGUCAUAUCUUAGCACAUAUAUAUGCCCCUUUCCCGUUGGAUAUGAUAGGAAACCGGGAAACAAAUCGUGUGUUUAUAAGAGAAGCAGACAAGAUUUACUGUAUAAAAAGGGAGGAGCCUUUUAAGUAUUAUUACUGCUCUCUAGAUGACGAAUGAUCAUGAAACGAAAAUAACAAGAACAAACACACUUUAAG